AUGGCCGCCGCUGCCCGACCGGCUCUCAAAAGGGCACUCCCCUCCCUCCGCAGCAGCACAUUUCUCCCCCGCCAACAACAACCACAAUGUCACCACCAUGUACCAACAUCACGACGAUCUCUGUCCACCACCCCCUCCCACCGUAAUGAUACCCAACCCACCACCCCCUCAGACGAAGAAACCCACUUCGGCUUCUCCACCGUGACCACCUCCCAAAAACGCGCCCUCGUCGCCUCCGUCUUCACGUCCGUGGCAGACUCGUACGACAAAAUGAACGACCUCAUGUCCUUCGGCUGGCACCGCAUCUGGAAAGACCACUUCGUCUCGACCCUCAACCCGGGCUUCUCCCCCCUUUCUUCCACCUCCCCUACCUCCCCCCAGCACAUCUUGGACAUCGCCGGCGGCACAGGCGACAUCGCCUUCCGCCUCCUCCACCACGCCCACACCGUCAACUCCAACCCCAACGUCAAGGUCACCAUCUCAGACAUCAACCGCGCCAUGCUCUCGGUCGGAAAAUCCCGAUCUGCCGCCCUCCCAGCAAGCCAGCAAGCCGCGCUCAGCUUCGUCGAGGCCAACGCCGAAGACUUGCGCAAAACCCGGCCUUUGACCCCCAUCCUCUCCCAGACCGAACAGACUUUUUUCGAUCCCGCGACCGCCACAUCGGGGUUGGAAGAUGAUUCAGUUGACUUAUACACCGUCGCGUUUGGGAUCAGGAACUUUAGCGAUAUUCCCGCCGCGCUGGCGGAGGCGUACAGGGUGCUCAAGCCGGGGGGGGUGUUUGCCUGUCUUGAGUUCUCCAAGGCGGACAAGCACCCGUUGUUUAACAGUGUGUACAAGGAGUGGAGCUUCCGGGCGAUUCCGUUGAUUGGGCAGCUGGUGGCGGGGGAUAGGGAUAGCUACCAGUAUCUGGUCGAGAGCAUUGAGCGGUUUCCCAGACAGGAGGAGUUUAGGGAUCUGAUAAAGGGGGCGGGGUUCAGGGUGAGUGGGGAUGGUGGGUGGGAGGAUUUGACGGGGGGGGUGGCGGCUAUUCAUAGGGGGAUGAAGCCUAGGGAGUAG